AUGGAGUUCGUCUCCCUCCCAGGCACUUUAAAAAUCCAGAUGGAAAGACAAGAAAUACCCUCUACAAGUACUGCUUCCGGUAAAUCCAGCUCUACUUCUCCGGCUACUGAAACAUCAACAACAAUAAAACCCUUCUCCUCAAGUUCCACAAGCUCUUCGAGCAUUUCUACAAAGGAGGUUGUUAUGACCACAGUGGUUCCCAAGAAAACUACAACUCUUGAAACUACAGUAUUGAUUACAUCAACUGAGAACCGAGAAACCACUACAGAACAAAGAGAGAAGAACAAUAAACAAAAGAAGCUGCAUUCUCCAGGAACAAUGGGAGGGGUUGCUAUAGCAAUGCUGUUAAUUGGCAUUGGGCUGGGUGCAGGAGGAACCCUCACUAAGUUCAUAUUUUCUAGCAGAGGCAGCAGAGAUUCAUAUAGCUGA